AUGCCACACACCAAAAACACCCGUUUCAGGGUUGCUGAUUUUAUGAAGAAUAGAAAGGAAGCAAGGCAAAAGGCAGUGGAGGAAUGUAGAGUGUUAAAAGCAAAGCUGUAUAGAAAUAAGAGGAAACUUGACAGACUACAAACAAAGGUUAGCAGAAAUUAGUAAGAUUAAACUUACAGUAGUGUCAUAAGUGACACUGUGAACAUACAUGUGGCUAUUGAUAAACAAUUUCUGAUUUGUCAUUUCCUGCAGACGAGAAAUAUUAAAACUAACACUUUUUUAAUGUAUUGAUUGAGUUUUUCUUCUUUUAUAAUAUUCAUUACCCCCUUUAUCUUUGAGGUGCUGAAAAAAUAAUAAAUGAUAAUUUUUUGCCUUUGCAGUUGCAAUUGGGGAACACUGAUACCAGUGCGCGAACAAGACCCCCAACUAUUUUGGUGGAUGGGAAAUCAAAGAUGCCACCAAGAACAGCUGCGAAAAGACGACAUGAAACACUGACACAUGCUUCUGCAAUCCAUAGCGGAUCUAAAAGUAACCCAGAUUCAGCCUUUGAUGGGAUGUUUGACACACUAGCUAAACGAUGUAAAGUAGAUAAAAUGAAAGAUUAUGUUCUGGGUCAGAAAACAUUAAAAGAGAAAGUAGCCUCAGCUACGUUUAAAAAAAAUGUGAACGCUUUUGAAAGCUCUGCAGAAAAUGCAAAAAGAAGCAUUGCAGUUUUCUAUAGUAGUGGUGUAAUGGGAAAGCGGAAAUAUAAAUCUGUUCGAAUUUCAUUAUCAAUGAAGACAAAUGAAACUACCAAGGGAAGAUCAGCUAUAAUUGUUAUGCCCAAUUCCAAAAUUAUUGCCAUAUGA